AAUCCGGUCCGACGUCCUCGUAUAUCAGGGGGCCGAGCUCCCCUCCCGGCACGGCGCCCGGUGGGUUCGCCUCGUGGUAGGAGCAGCCAUGUCGGGCAGAGGCAAGGGCGGCAAAGGCCUGGGCAAAGGCGGCGCCAAGCGUCACCGCAAAGUCCUGAGAGACAACAUCCAGGGCAUCACCAAGCCCGCCAUCCGCCGCCUCGCUCGGCGCGGGGGUGUCAAGCGGAUCUCGGGCCUCAUCUACGAGGAGACGCGGGGGGUGCUGAAGGUGUUCCUGGAGAACGUGAUCCGGGACGCCGUCACCUACACGGAGCACGCCAAGCGCAAGACGGUCACCGCCAUGGACGUGGUGUACGCGCUGAAGCGGCAGGGCCGCCGAGCUCCAGAGCUACUCCAUCUACGUGUUGCGCCUCGCAUCGCCAUGGCCCGUACGAAGCAGACCGCCCGGAAGUCGACCGGUGGCAAGGCUCCGCGCAAGCAGCUGGCCACCAAGGCGGCCCGCAAGAGCGCGCCGGCCACGGGCGGCGUGAAGAAGCCGCACCGCUACCGGCCGGGCACCGUGGCCCUGCGCGAGAUCCGGCGCUACCAGAAGUCGACCGAGCUGCUGAUCCGCAAGCUGCCCUUCCAGCGCCUGGUGCGCGAGAUCGCGCAGGACUUCAAGACCGACCUGCGCUUCCAGAGCUCGGCCGUCAUGGCGCUGCAGGAGGCGAGCGAGGCCUACCUGGUGGGGCUGUUCGAGGACACCAACCUGUGCGCCAUCCACGCCAAGCGCGUCACCAUCAUGCCCAAGGACAUCCAGCUGGCCCGCCGCAUCCGCGGGGAGCGGGCCUAAGGAACAAGUGCGCGCUCGGUCCCAGGUUCCAUCGCACCCAAAGGCUCUUUUCAGAGCCACCCACAACUGCACUGAGAAGCUGUAGCGCUUGGGCCUCCGUGUACCCGUGCUCGGGGC